AUGACUAUGAGAAACAAAAUCCCAGGAUUACCAACACCAAUCAAAGAAGCCAGCCUAGACAGCUAUGCCGACUCACCAUAUGCCGACCCCAUUGAUGCAAUCGACAUCCCGAAACGGUUCAGCCCACCCAAUAUGCCUAUGUAUGAUGGGACGACCGAUCCAAGGGAGCACAUCUUGACCUACAAGCAGCGAAUGAUGACCAUCCCAGUCCCCAAACAUAUGAGGGAAGCUAGCCUUUGCAAAGGGUUCGGUUCGAUACUGGUCGGGCCCGCCUUGAAGUGGUUAACCAGCAUGCCAAAUGGAUGCACCACCACUUUUGCUCAUCUCGACAACAUGUUCAAUCAACAGUUUGCCAGCAGCUGGUGCCUAGAAAAGCAGACGAGUGACCUAUACCGUGUAAUCCAACGUCCUGACGAACCCCUGAAAGAUUACAUAGCCCGGUUCAUCAGGGAGAAGGUAACUGUACCUGAAUGUGAUGUCCCAACAGCGAUCGAAGCGUUCAGACAAGGAUUGUCUGACGAACCAGCUCUCGAAGAUGGGAAAAGCAGUGCAAUGGCCACCGAAGUCCAGCAAACCCGAGUCAAAGAAGGAUCCCUCAAAAUGGUGUGA